UCAUCGCUUUGUCCUUUACUUCUUAUAUACACGGAAAUCUGGAUUCUGCCACUCUAAUUUCACCUUGAAGACUACGAUCCAUAUGCUGUGCUCGCACAGGAUAGAAAAUGUCGACAGGGAGGAUACGCAGUUCUUUUGGGAUUUAUGUAGUCGUUGUUCUUUUGGAUUGCUGCUGGCAAGUGGUGACUGGGCAGCUCUCUUACUCUGUAUCAGAGGAGGUAAACCAGGGGACUACUGUGGGAAAUCUCGCUAAAGAUCUAAAUCUUAACGUGCAUGACUUGAGGACGCGUAUGUUUCAGAUUGUUAGCGGAUCAAAGAGAAAUUAUUUCGAUAUAAAUUUGAAAACGGGUAGUCUCUAUGUCAGUGAAAGAAUCGACCGUGAGGAGCUUUGCGCAAAAGCUGCAAUAUGUACUGUUAGCGUAGAGGCCGUGAUCAACAAUCCACUGAAGCUUUAUCGUUUAGAUGUAAAUGUAGUCGAUAUUAAUGAUAAUGUGCCACAUUUUCCUGAGAAUUUGCAGUAUCUUAAUAUUGCGGAAAGUACUGUGCCAGGGGGGAAAUUUGGAUUUAUAGGGGCAUCGGAUCUUGACGUUGGAAAGAAUGACGUUAGUUCAUACAAGUUGAGUCAAAAUGAUUACUUUUCUUUAGAGGUCCACAAAGGAAGGGAUAGUGUGUCUGCCGAGCUGGUGCUACAGAAAGCUCUAGACCGAGAAAUACAACCUACUGUUAAUCUUACCGUGACUGCUAUCGACAGCGGAAACCCACCCAAGUCAGGAACAUUGCAAAUCAUUGUAAAUGUUUUAGACAUUAAUGACAACGCUCCGGUUUUCAGUAGGGCUUUGUAUAAAACACAGAUUCAUGAAAAUCUACCAAUGGGUAAAACAAUUAUAUUUUUAAAUGCAACAGACGCAGAUGACGGAUUAAAUGCUGAAACUGAAUAUUCUUUUAGAAGUAAAGGUCAGGAUCAUGUUUUAAAUGUAUUUCAAAUAGACUCUAAAACGGGAGCGAUUUCAAUUAAAGGUAAAAUCGAUUACGAAGAAAGUUCUGCAUUUGAGAUUCAUGCUGAGGCGACUGACAAGGGUCAGCCUCCGAUGUCUGCUCAUUGCAAAGUGUUGGUAGAAGUGCUGGAUCUAAAUGACAACGCUCCUGAGAUCACGGUAACGUCACUACUAAAUACAGUGAAAGAAGACGCGGAAGUAGGUGCAGCCAUUGCACUUGUCUCGGUUUUGGAUAAAGAUGGUGGGAAUAACGGGGCAGUGAAAGCUGGGAUUGCAAAUGAGACUCCAUUUAAACUGGACACAAACUAUAGAAAUUAUUACUCUUUAGUGGUUACUGGUCCGCUUGACAGAGAAACUACAAACAAGUACAAUGUUACUAUAAUAGCAACUGAUGAAGGAGCUCCUCCUCUCUCCAGCACCAGCAUAAUUAGUGUUCACGUUUCUGAUGUCAAUGACAACUCGCCUCGCUUCUCUGAUCCGAUACUUAAUAUUUAUGUUAAAGAAAACAGUCCAGUAGGAGCAGUCAUUAAAACUCUGACUGCAACUGAUGCUGAUGUCGAUAAAAAUGGUCAAGUGAGCUAUUCUUUUUUAAAAAGCAGCAGUGACUCACUACCGUUUCCUACAAUGAUUAAUAUCAACUCAGAGACAGGAGAUAUAAUCAGCCUGCAGUCUUUUAACUACGAGGAGUUAAAAACAUUCCAGUUUAAAGUUCAGGCCACAGACUCUGGUGUUCCUCCGCUCAGCAGCAACGUCACUGUCAACGUUUUAAUCCUGGAUGAAAAUGACAACAGUCCCACGAUUCUCGCGCCAUAUUCUGAGCAUGGCUCCGUUAACAGUGAGAGCAUCCCCUAUUCUGCUGAAGCGGGAUACUUUGUGGCAAAGAUCAGGGCUGUAGACGCAGACUCUGGAUACAACGCGCUGCUUUCUUAUCACCUGUCUGAGCCCAAAGGAAACAACUUGUUCAGGAUCGGAACCAGCACCGGGGAGAUAAGGACUAAGAGGAGAAUGAGUGACAAUGACCUCAAAACUCACCCCUUGGUGAUCUUGGUCUCUGAUAACGGAGAACCCUCCCUGUCAACUACUGUGUCUAUUGAUGUGGUGGUGGUUGAAAGCACGGCUGAAAUCCAGACUCCGUUCAGACAUGUGCCUGUAAAGGAGGACAGCUUCUCGGAUUUGAACCUGUAUCUGCUGAUCGCCAUUGUGUCGGUGUCCGUCAUCUUUCUGCUCAGCCUCAUCACUUUAAUAGCAGUCAGAUGCCACAGGACAGAUGGCACUUUCAGCAGGUACAGCGCCCCCAUGAUCACCACCCACCCUGACGGGAGCUGGUCUUACUCUAAAGCUACUCAGCAGUAUGACGUGUGUUUCAGCUCAGACACGCUCAAGAGUGACGUGGUGGUUUUCCCCGCCUCGUUUCCACCUGUAGAUGCAGAAUUGAUCAGUAUUAACGAAGGAGACACUUUUACCAGGACUCAGACUUUACCUACCAAAGAAAAGGUGAGUCCAUGA